AUGAGGAACUUGGUGGUUUUAGGUGGAACAUCCCACCCUGAUCUUACAAAAAGUAUCUGUAGGAUACUAACGACCGAAGAAUCCGAUGUGAAUAUCGGUAGGUUCUCAAAUGGUGAGACCAGUAUCGAAAUACAAGGCUCGGUUCGUGAUAAGGAUGUUUUUAUAAUUCAAAGUGGAAGCGGCCAUAUCAACGAUAAUUUCGUUCAGCUCCUCAUCAUGAUUGCUGCUUGCAAGACGGCAAGUGCUCGUAGAGUCACUGCGGUUCUCCCCUUGUUUCCAUACUCUCGUCAGCCAGAUGUGCCCCACGCAGCAGUGGCUACUGGAGCCCCUUCUAUAACCACCAAAAAAGACACCUACACAUACGAAAGUGCUCCCAGCACUCCACGACCAUGGACAAAGAGUGGGUUUGAUUUCGGGACUCCUCCGCCUUUUAAUCUUGGCGUCAAUUCGUCGAGUGGAAUUGGUGCCGCGGGACACAUCCUUCCCAAAUCUUUUAGAGCCAAGCAAGAUAAACCUGUGGAACGCUCUGGAGAGAGAGCGGCUGAAAGAGCCAGCGAAAGAAUCAGUGAGAGAUCGACGGAAAGAAACAGUGAAAGAUCCACUGAAAGACUGGUGGAAAAAAGUGAAAAAUCGUGCGAUUUGGCAAAGCCCAAUGAUAGCGGGUACAAGAAAUGGAUAUCUCAAAAUGGUACGUUGAUAGCCAAUCUUCUUAUGACUGCUGGAGCAGAUCGUUGUGUAACCAUGGACCUUCAUGACCCACAAUUCCAGGGAUUUUUCAAUAUUCCCGUUGAUAAUUUGUACUCAAAGCCACUUCUCAAGCAUUAUAUUAUUGACUAUAUACCCAACUAUCAACAGUGUGUGAUAGUGUCGCCCGAUAGUGGAGGUGCCAAGCGUGCUACUUCAAUAGCCGAUGCAAUUGGGUGUCAGUUUGCUUUAAUUCACAAAGAAAGAAGAGCCAAAGCCAAUUCCAGUGGUCCACCUUCUGCACCCGGUCCAUUAGGAACCAGGAGUGCUGGUGGAUUUUCCAGCACGAGUUCCGUGAAUAACCCCAAUGGACAUCAAUUGGUGGCCACUACCAUGCUAGUUGGUGAUGUUAGAGACCGAGUGUGUGUGUUGGUCGAUGAUCUUGUUGAUACCUCAUACACCAUAACCCGAGCAGCCAAGCUUUUAAAGGACCAAGGUGCCCUGUAUGUGUAUGCCUUGGUGACUCACGGGGUCUUCAGUGGAGAUGCCAUCAAUAGAAUCGCCAAGUCUUCAAUCGACAAGUUGAUCACCACCAAUUCCACCCCACAAAAAACUCAUUCGGAGAUGUUGGGAGACAAGCUCGUGGUUAUCGAUGUGUCCAGAGUGCUAGCUGAGGCCAUUCGAAGAAUACACAACGGAGAAUCCGUGUCCAUGUUGUUUGACCAUGGAUGGUAA